AGAGAAGCGGAGGCAUUAGAGGGCUUUGGGCCUCUGGACCUAGACUUGGGCCAGGCAGGACCCUUGGCCCCCGCCUGACCCCUCAGGAGCCUUCAGAAAACUGGCCCCUGGGGGGGGGCUGCGAGGGGGAGAGGGGCACGUGACUAGGAUCGGCCAAUCCGGGUGUUGCUGACGUGGCCGCGCGGCCCCGAUGCUCUCCCCGCCCCCGGCUAGGUGGAGAAGGGAGGGGCUGGGGGCUACGCCCCCUCCCCCAACGCAGCUUCAGUUUCCGGGGGGGUGACACCCCGGAUUCCAUCCUCCCCCCGCACCAAGCCGAGGGGAACCUUGGAGCCCCCCUCUAGGAUCCAGAUUCUUCCCCGCAGCGCUCUCACUGCCGAGAACCAGCCAGCUGGCGUCCUGCGGACACACCCCAACGGACCUCUGCAGGCUACGCCCACACUACCCCCUCCAGUUCUGCCGGCCCGGCCAAUGGAGGAACUACGAAUGGCAAGACCUGCCAGAGCACGGCCCUCACCGGUCGCGUCUGACUUGAAAACCUGGGGAGACUUUGUCCGAAUGGGAGGUGGGAAGAGGGUGCUGCACCCUUGCCAAUCUCCCGCUCCCCGGAGUAGCGGACCCACAGAGCAGCCAGUUGGCUCAGACGUGGAGGGCUGCUCCUUUGCUCUGCAUCUAUGCGGCACUCUUCUGCCGGGUGACUGACACCUUGGAAAUGGGUUUUAUGACGUCACCGCCCGACCGGCCAAUCGUGAAUGCUCCCGCGGAGAGGCGUUCCUCCCCCUUCAAGUUUGCUUCUUCACGCGCGAGAGCGAGCGGGCGCGCGCGGAGAGGGUGGGGGAACUCUCGAGCACGGUGGCGCGCAUGAGCGGCGAGGCUCCGCCCCCCUGCCUAUAUAUAAAGGGCUGGCGCGGCGCUCGGCGGCGCCAUUUCGCGCUGGAGUGGAGCAGCCUCUAGAACGAGCUGGAGGAUUCUGCCUACAGAUACUGAGCCUUCGAGUCGCCGGGGGCCGCCAUUACAAUCCACGUCCAUCCGCUUGGAAAUGGCCUUCGCCUCGGCCUAUGGCUGGUUCCGGCAGACAGUACAGACCCCAUAGAAGCCCCCGAAGCUCCCCUUUUUCGGGCCCCGCCCAAUCCUCGGAGUCUGUCCACCCCCUCUACUCCGCCCUCAAGAGGAUUUCAAAGAUGGAGGCGGCGGCUCCCUAAAGCACUUUUCGCGUUCAUCCGCCUCCAUCCGAGACCGAAACGGGACCCUGUCCGUUCCGGACUGUCCCGGGAGGAAAAGGGAAUCCUUGCAAACUAACAGCGGGCAAUAUUGACGACGGUGUCUGGGAUUGGGGGCCGCCCUGGGGCUCGAAGAAUCCGUCCCCUCUCUUUCGUCCGCUUCAGCUGAGGCCGCCGCCAUUUUCUCGUAGCCUGCCUGCUGCAGAGCGCGCCAAGCUCUGGGAGCUCGGAACGAGCACAGAAGAUUGCGUGCGCGGCGAGGGGGGGUUGGCGCCUGAGAGCCAAGGGCAGCGGCCCCCCCCUCCCGGGUUAUGCUGGGCCGGACAGCGAGGGGAACCGAGGCCACCGGGACUUUCCGCGGCUGAGGGCAGCGCCGGUUCCCCGAGAUCAAGAUGCUGCAAAACGUGACUCCUCACAGCAAGCUCCCUGGGGAGGGGAAUGCAGGGUUACUGGGGCUGGGCCCAGAAGCAGCAGCUCCAGGGAAGAGAAUCCGAAAGCCCUCCCUGUUGUAUGAGGGGUUUGAGAGCCCCACAAUGGCUUCAGUGCCAGCUUUACAGCUGACUCCUGCCAACCCACCACCUCCUGAGGUGUCCAAUCCCAAAAAGCCAGGACGAGUUACCAACCAGCUGCAGUACCUGCACAAAGUGGUGAUGAAGGCUCUGUGGAAACAUCAGUUUGCAUGGCCCUUCCGGCAGCCUGUGGAUGCCGUCAAGCUGGGUCUGCCGGAUUAUCACAAAAUUAUAAAGCAGCCUAUGGAUAUGGGUACUAUUAAAAGGCGACUUGAAAACAACUAUUACUGGGCUGCCUCAGAGUGCAUGCAGGAUUUUAAUACCAUGUUCACCAACUGUUAUAUCUAUAACAAGCCCACUGAUGACAUUGUCCUGAUGGCACAAACGCUGGAAAAGAUAUUCCUACAGAAAGUGGCAUCAAUGCCACAAGAGGAACAAGAACUUGUGGUGACCAUCCCUAAGAAUAGCCACAAGAAGGGGGCCAAAUUGGCAGCACUCCAGGGCAAUAUCACCAGUGCCCAUCAGGUGCCUGCUGUUUCUUCUGUGUCUCACACAGCCCUAUAUACUCCACCACCUGAGAUACCUACCACUGUCCUCAACAUUCCCCACCCGUCUGUCAUCUCAUCACCCCUUCUCAAGUCCUUGCACUCUGCUGGACCCCCGCUCCUUGCUGUAUCUGCAGCUCCCUCAGCCCAGCCCCUUGCCAAGAAGAAAGGGGUAAAGCGGAAAGCAGAUACUACCACCCCUACGCCAACAGCUAUCCUGGCUCCAGGUUCCCCAGCCAGUCCUCCUGGCAGUCUUGAACCUAAAGCAGCACGACUUCCCCCUAUGAGAAGAGAGAGUGGCCGCCCCAUCAAGCCCCCACGCAAAGACUUGCCUGAUUCUCAGCAACAACACCAGAGCUCUAAAAAAGGAAAAUUAUCAGAACAGUUAAAACAUUGCAAUGGCAUUUUGAAAGAGUUACUAUCUAAGAAGCAUGCUGCCUAUGCCUGGCCUUUCUAUAAACCAGUGGACGCUUCUGCUCUUGGCCUGCAUGACUACCAUGACAUCAUUAAGCACCCUAUGGACCUCAGCACUGUCAAGCGGAAGAUGGAGAAUCGAGAUUACCGGGAUGCACAGGAGUUUGCUGCUGAUGUGCGGCUUAUGUUCUCCAACUGCUAUAAAUACAACCCCCCAGACCACGAUGUGGUGGCAAUGGCACGAAAGUUACAGGAUGUAUUUGAGUUCCGUUAUGCCAAGAUGCCAGAUGAACCACUGGAUCCAGGGCCUUUGCCAGUCUCCACUGCCUUGCCUCCUGGCAUGGCCAAAUCAUCUUCAGAGUCAUCUAGCGAGGAAAGUAGCAGUGAGAGCUCUUCUGAGGAAGAGGAAGAAGAUGAGGAUGAGGAUGAAGAAGAGAGUGAAAGUUCUGACUCUGAGGAAGAAAGGGCUCAUCGAUUGGCUGAACUACAAGAGCAGCUUCGGGCAGUGCAUGAACAACUGGCUGCAUUGUCCCAGGGCCCAAUUUCCAAACCUAAACGCAAGAGAGAAAAGAGAGAGAAGAAGAAAAAACGAAAGACAGAAAAGCAUCGAGGUCGAGCUGGUGUUGAUGAAGAUGACAAAGGACCUCGGGUACCCCGCCCAUCUCAGGCCAAAAAGUCCAAGAAAGCAAGUGGCAGUGGGGGUGGCAAUGCUGCUACACUGGCCCCCCCUGGCUUUGGACCUUCUGGAGGAAGUGGAGCCAAGAUUCCCAAAAAGGCCUCCAAGACUGCCCCACCUGCCCUGCCUACUGGCUAUGAUUCUGAGGAAGAGGAAGAAAGUAGGCCCAUGAGUUAUGAUGAGAAGCGGCAAUUAAGCCUAGAUAUCAACAAGUUACCUGGGGAAAAGCUUGGUCGUGUUGUUCAUAUUAUCCAGGCCAGAGAGCCCUCUUUACGUGACUCAAAUCCAGAAGAGAUUGAAAUUGAUUUUGAAACACUCAAGCCAUCCACACUUCGAGAGCUGGAGCGCUAUGUCCUUUCCUGCCUGCGAAAGAAGCCUCGGAAGCCCUACACCAUUAAGAAACCUGUGGGAAAGACAAAGGAGGAAUUGGCUUUGGAGAAGAAGCGGGAACUAGAAAAGCGGUUACAAGAUGUUAGUGGACAGCUUAAUUCCACAAAAAAGCCCCCCAAGAAAGCGAGUGAGAAAACAGAAUCAUCCUCAACACAGCAAGUAGCAGUGUCACGCCUCAGCGCUUCCAGCUCAAGCUCUGAUUCGAGCUCCUCCUCAUCAUCUUCCUCCUCUUCAGAUACCAGUGAUUCAGACUCAGGCUAAGGGGCCAGACCAGAUGGGGACAGGAGGCUCCGCAGGACCGGACCCCUAGACUACCCUGCCUCACCUCUUUGCUCCGUGUGACACUUCCUCAUCUCACCCCCCCUCCCCCCACUGUAAGAGAGCUGGCUCUGCAGGGGGAGAUUUGCUGAAGGGAGGGAUGUAAAUGGACAAAGAUUGAGUUCCCAGCCCUAUUGAGAGUCCCUCCUUAGGGCUAGAACCCCCACUCAAAAUGACGGGUGGGGCAGGAGGAACAGGGUAGAAGAGAGCAAAGACCCUUAAUGGGGUUUCCUAAGGCCAUUGUUGCCCUGUUUACUUGUAAAGGCCCUGUUUUGAGGUUGUUUGUUCUAAUUUAUUUUAAGCUAGGUAAGGCUGAGGGAUGUGGGGCCGUGGUUACCUCAGCCUCCUUGGGGAGGGAUGAAGGGGAGUUCUUUUUUUACGUUGACUUUUUUUUCUACUCUUAGCCCUUUUCCUUCUCCAUUUGGGGCCCCUGGGGGUUUCAGUCAUCUCCCCAUUUGGUCCCUUGGAUUGUCUUUCUUGUCUGUUAAUUCUAACUUGUAAAUAAAGAAAAUAUUAUUGGA